AUUACACUAGCCCUGGGCCUGCACUCAAUUACACGCAGGGACAGGCCAGCGUGGACCUCAGGGGAUGGGGAGCUGCACACAGCGGCUCCGCGGCUUGGCAGGGGGCGGCUGCGGGAGUCGGGGAGCUGGGGCCGCACCGCCAGCCCCGCUCCACAUGCGGGGACAAGCGGCAAAGAGCGACACCGCCCGCGUGCAGCCGGACUGCGCAAGCGCAUUGCGGAAGCCUUCUCUGCGCCCCUCCCCUUCCCCCGCGCCUUCGGGGAUCUAAAGGGCAGCUGCCGGGCUGCCCCCAGGGUCUCAUCCGCUUGCAGGGCAGGGAGCCGGCCACUCCAGGGCAGGCGGGAGUGACGCGCUAGGCCCAUGCGGGGAGCGGCCGCCCACUCAGCCUGGGCGAGUAGGGCCAGUCCCGGGGGGGAGGCUGGAUUCUCUGGAUCGCGGACGUUGCAGGGGAGAUAAGCGACGCGGGUGGGCGAGGGAAUCGGCCGCUUGCCCUGCUCCCGCUCUCUGCGCCCCCGCCGGGCCCCGGGUCUGGGGGACUCCCGCUGGAGCUCGGGAGCGGACGCUCGAGGCCUAGGCCCGUGAUGGAGCCAGGGAAUGUCUUGAGCGGCGGAGCCUCGGUGGCCGCGGUGCUGCCAGCGGGCGGGAGCGGGGAGCGCCUUGGGGGCGCCACCCCGAAGCAGUUUUGUGCCCUGCUGGGCAGGCCGCUCAUCAGCUACACGGUGCGGGCGCUGGAGAGAAUAAACUGGAUAUCGGAUAUUGUUGUGGUGGUGUCUCUAGAGAACAUUGAAACAAUGAAGUCUAUCAUUGAAAAAUAUGGCCACAAAAGAAUUACGGUUGUAGAAGGUGGAAUGACUCGCCACCGGUCAAUUUUCAAUGGACUGAAAAUCUUUCCAGAGAGCAAGCUUUCCAGCUGUCCACUCCAGAAACCAGAAGUAGUGAUUAUCCAUGAUGCUGUGAGGCCAUUUGUCGAGGAAGAUACUCUUCUUAAAGUGGUUUUGGCUGCUAAAGAACAUGGGGCAGCAGGAGCAAUCCGUCCUCUCGUCUCUACUGUUGUUGCUUCCUCUGCAGAUGGUUCCUUAGACCAUUCACUAGAACGUUCCAGGUACAGAGCAAGUGAAAUGCCUCAGGCUUUCCUGUUUGAUAUAAUCUAUCAAGCAUAUCAUCAGAGCUUACUGGAAGCACUCCAAACUCUAAUCUCCAGGCUUCACUUCCUCUUCACACAUCCACUUGUGGAGAGUUGCCUAUCAUCCAGGGAUCUCCAAGGGCCUGAUUCUAUGACUGGAGGUGGAGAUGGAAAGAAGAUAGCUAAAAGUGCUUUGCAAGCCUUAACUAAUCUUCACAAAAAUCUCAUGAAAAACUGUACUGAUUAUGACCUGGAUUAUGGGACAGAAUGUUUGCACUUGGCUCUAAAAUACUGUAAAACAAAUGCCAAACUUAUUGAAGGAUCGCCUGAUCUCUGGAAGGUGACCUACAAGUGGGAUCUGUAUGCUGCUGAAUCAGUUAUUAAGGACACUCUAUCACAACAAGUUUGUGUUACCACUGAUAUGAAAGAAGAUGCUGUGCAGUUAGGUUUUCUCCUUCAAGAAACUCUGAAAAACGAAGUAAAACAGGUUAAAGGUAUAUCAGUGUUUCUAUGUAAAAAUGAUAGUCGUCUACAGAACAUCUUUUUAGGACAAUGCUACAAUUUUAUUUGCAUAAAUGCUAAAAAAUCAGACAUUAAGGAAGCCCAGCAACUAGUGGAUAAACUUGAAAAAGCAAGAAUUUCUGUUUUACAUCCAGUUGUUCUCAUUUCGGUCCACUUGAAUGUUUCAGAAAAUAUGUCUUUCAGCAAUGGAAUGGAAGAACUGGCUUGGAUAAAGGAAUUUGCAAGGGAAGUGAAAAAGAAAAAUAUUUUGGUUUAUGGUCUUCUCAUCCAUUACAAUAAGGAUGAUCCGAAGCUUCAGGAGACAAUAAAUUCUGCUGCUGCCAUUAUCUCUGCAUUAAUAAAGGACAGAAACCCGGAGCUGAUUGGCCAGCUGUUGGUAGCAUGAAUAACUAAAUCAUUUGUAGCUAACAGAAGUAUUUCUUUUUCAUCAUGUGUUUAGCAAUAUUCUUGAAACAUUUUACUCUGUGACAAAACCACUGGACUUACAAAGUUUGUUAUUAGGAUAUUUUAUCAACAUAAAAUGUAAGUCUGACCUUGUGUUGAGAUGCAAGUGUAAAUGAAAUAGAAGAUGCUGUGAGGUGCACCAGGUAUUAUACUUCAAAGUGUUUAUAUUGAAGCAUUAUAUGUGAGGUACUGAUCAUUUCAAAAACUACAACUGAUUGGUGCUAUUUAGUCCUUUCAUGUCCAAAGCACUUGAUCUAAGCACAAAUUUCUUUUCAACCAGAUAACAUAUAUGAUAUUAAAGCACAGCUGGUGCUCUUUAAUACAAGACAUAGUCCCUUGGACUUUAAUGAAAGUAUCCUAGAAUUGUUUUCAAGAUCUGGUCCUUAUUCCCCAGAGAAUGAAGAUUAAAUUUUAAAAAUACAUUUGUGCAUACCAUAUGAGAUGUAAUAGCCUAUCCUGGGAGUGCAGAAUUAGGAAUUCAUUGUGGUGGGAACUAAUUCUUUUUAAAGCUUGAAAGGUUAUCAGUUCUGAUGGUAGUGGAGAAAUAAGACAGAAGAAAGACUCUCUUCUUCAGUAAUUGAGCUGCACUUUCAGUUUUUGUGUCACUCUGAUUUUCUGUUUGAUAUAUGUGUUUGUUAGACCAUCAUCUGGAAGACAGUAUCGUAACUGCUAAUGCAUGGAGGGUGUUUUGACAUUUAAAUGAAGAUGGCUUAGGGAGGAGGGUAGAAUAAGAAGUUUUCACUUAUCUGUGUUGAAUAUUUUCACAUGUUCUACUAGCUUAAAAUGUACAGUUCUCUACUGCCUCUGGCAGCACGUAACCCCCUGCAGUCUUAAUGUUUUUUUGGUACUGUGUUUCCCCAAUUUGUGAAUAAGUUAGAUUACAUUCUUAGGAACUCUUGUUGACUUCAUUGUAAUUGGAACAAGAACUUUGAGAAAUAUUCAGCGCAUAAGUAGCUGUCCCACAUGUGCUCCCAGGAACCUCCCACCAUCUCCAGGUUUAGAGAUGGCUCCUAUUCCAAGGGGAAAUUUCCCCUUGAAACCAGUCAUGUAAUGCAUUUUGCUGCUGACCUGUCACUGCAAUCUUCCCAGGGAUGAAGUCUGUCAGGAUGGAAAUUGGGCCUUGGCAUAAUGCUGGAGAAUGCACAGUUACAUGCACUGCAGCUAGAAGGGGGAAGAUUGUUCCCUGACUUACAGGUGUAUGGGGAAUUUUUUCAAGGGUCUCAGCCAGAAAAAGGAGACAGGAGACCCCGUUGUGUCAAAGAUUUCCCUGUCUCAAUGGCAUUCAGGUGGGAAGAGUAGUGAUCUCCCCUUCUCUAUUAAGCAAACAUCACAAAAUUCCUGUGAAGAAGAGGGCCCCCAAUUUUGAUAAAAAGAGAGCCCUCCCAAACAUCCAUCACUGACUGUUGGAUGUCUCCCUUCCCCAGCACAACAGCCCAUUGAAAGAUAGCCAACACAGUUGUUUGCAAAAAAUAAAACAAUCCCUGCCUGCUACCCUUCCUCCUCUCUCCCUGCGGAUUCCCAGCUGUGCCAGGUAAGGAGCCUAAUGCAGUCUUAAGGCUGUAAUAAAUUCAACUGCCUGCAUGGCCCCCUGUGAGUGGGAGAAGGUUUGGUCGAGAAGAGGAUGCAGUCUUGCAUGGGGAAGGUGGAUGUUCAAUACAAUCUUUGUGUCUCAGCAGGUAAAAUCUUCAUACUUCUUUCUGCUCACCUGCUAGAUGUGCACUCCUGGCCAUGGAGCAUGGGUUGAUGGUGGGUUAUUUUGCCCUUGCAAUAAACCUGGUGCAGGAGAAGAUUGGCCUAAUGUGAAGUCCCAACCACAGUAUUCUGAGGCUUAGGUGCUCCAGAAGAUCUCAUCUGGUGCAUUAGAUAAGGUCCUAUAAGAAUCUGAAUCUACUUUGGGUUCGCUCUGCUAGUGAGUACUCUUAGACACCGGAUGAACUACGUGUGUCUCUGCUUUAAAAUCCUGCUAAGAAACUGAUGUUGAUCCAAAUUUUCCUCCUUUACAAGGUACAACAAAUAGUUAUGGCUGCCUGUUUUUCAUCCAGAGCAGACAUUUUCAUUCAAUACAGAAACCUGUAUAAAAGAGCUAUAAGCUUCUCAAGCAGUCAGUAUAAGCUGUUUUCUCCUUUGCUCCUCUUCCCUCUCUAUAAUUAUCACAAAUGAACCAUUUGUCCUUCUUUGACAUUAUACAACAAAUACAUUUGUGUUAGCACCUUACAUGGCUAUAGAAUACCUAUGCAGUUUAGUUAGACAAAUGAGAAACUUGAGAGUUUACAUUAUUUGCUUUCACUUAUGAAUAAGCUUUUCAAAUUCACUUUUAUCUGACACUCAUAGAUUGAGUUUGAUGCAGUAAUUCAUCUCUCAGGCUUGCAAAAGAUGUGAUGUAAGUUAUUAAUUGGCUUUCAAACACCUAGAUUACUAGUGACUUCUUAUUUUGCUGCUGCUUCACUAUAACAUGUAGAAAGGUUCUAACACAAAAUAUAUGAUGCGUUUCCCCAGGACUGACAAGCAAGCAAAUAAAAUAUCCUUUAUGUUUUACAUCUAUAGUAAUUAUAGCCACUGUGCUUAAAUUCAAGCACUGUAGUAAGGAAACUGACUUAUCAUAAAAUUGUCAAUUAUGUCAAUUUCACUUAUAUUGAGUUGUAAUUUUUACCUAAUUAUUUAUUUUGAACAGGUUUUGAUACAACUGAAAAUUUCUCAUGCAAUAAACUUGCAUAAUGAAAAAUGAUUUUCUAUGGGCUAUUUGGGAGCACUUGAAAAGAAAAUAAACAAUGUAAAUUAGUUUCAGGUUCUCAAUAUAGAUUUAAUGUUUAUUUAAACUGAAAUGUAGGAUAAAAUAACAGGUUUCCUUGAUGUGCUAUUAAUAUCAUUGCUGUUGUUUCUCUUUAAACAAUCCAUAAACAACCAGUAAACUCGCAUGGAGAAAGUAAAAAUUACAAAAGCAAAGCUAUUGAGACACGGUAAAAUAGUACGCUUCUGUAGGAAUGAAUGAAACAAAAUAGAAUUAAUGAUAUUUGAAUGUCCCAACCAAAUCUAAGUGGUGCCUUUUUCAUUAAUGUUAAUAUCUAAAAUAUGAAUAAAUAGGUAAGGUGAAAUUAAGAAACUGGUUGAUUGUUUUUUAUCUACACACAGCAGCUCACAAAUAGUUAUAGAAAUGAAAAAAAUUGGCAUAUGUACACAUGCUGUUUGAGUUUAACUAGUAAUCAGUCACAAGCCAUAUUGCUUUGAAUAUCUAGACAGAGAUAAUACUCUAACCAGAUUCAGCUGCUCCUACUCACCUUACCCCUCAAGUAAUAACCAAUAAUAUUUCUUGAGUAAAAUGCUAUUUAAUGUGAAUAAGGGUUUCAGAAUCUGACCCUAGUAAUUAUUAUAAUGAUUGCAAAGUUGACAGAAUAAUUGUAAUAUAUAUAUAUGUACAGUGAAACAAACCUGCUUGUCACAAUUGAAAAUAAAGUAAAAACUUGAGGUCUGCUAGGUCAUUUGGUAGAAAAAUUUCUACCCUGAUCUUCAUUAUAUUUCCAGGCCAUCUGACUUGAAAAUUACAUUUGGUUGUUUCACUGAAAAAAAUUACAUGAAUGAAAAGCACAGAAGGCAACAUAAUAAAGAAACAUCCAGAUAGGGGAUGGAAUUCUAGCCCUAUUGAAAUCAAUGGCAAAACUCCCAUUUUGCCCUCAGGGGCCAGGAUUUCACCCAUGAAGGUUGCAGCUGACCCUCUCAGUAUAAUGGACUGAACAACAAAACUCUGUAUCCAAAGCCUUUAAGUUUUGGGCACAUUCAGCGUUAUAUCCACAUGAAAAUAGACUUUUUGGUGCUUAUCCAAACAGAAGCUUCAAAAACCAUUUGAGGUUCCCUAUUGCUAGUUAGUGCUCUCCUAUUGUAUGUCACCUCUUACGUGAUUUGAAUAAUUCACAUCAUCAUAUUUUAUCUGGGAUUAAGGAUACUUUGAAUUAGAAGUGGAAGGCGCUGAAUCUAGAUGGAUUGAACACACAUCUAAAUGAGUGAAUUUAAAUGAAUUCCAUUGAUAGAGAAAACUUCCACUAAAUUCAGUAGAGCCAGGAUUUGGCCCAAUGAAGGGGACAAACAGUUGUGAAACAAAAUUUGUUGCAGAGAUUCAUGUAGCAGUUCAGAGUGAUUUUGUUUGCUCGUCCUUUUAAAGUCACGUACCUGAUUUUUCUAUGCUCCUUUUGACAAGGAAAUCACUACCCCUAAUCCCCAUCUUAUUUUUUUAUAAUGUGUUAUUGGGAUCUUUCCAACUAAGGAAUUGAAAUACAAGGUUCACUAAAUGGAAGAUUUUGUGUAUGACUUGGUAGUGAAAGAAUGCUAUUCAAAGGCAUUUCCUCUUGUUUGUCUCAAGAAUCACUUAUAAAAGCCACAAUUAACUCUUUGACUGUUCACUUAAACUUGGAGAGAUGCUGAGACUUGUAAAAAGAAAGAAUAUUUAAGUGCCCCCCUUAGGGUAAUUAGUUAUGAAAUGCUCAGAUGUUGAUAUUUGCUGUGAUGCAAAAGACUCCACUAUAAAGCUGUUAUUUAGAUACCAGUCUUGGUGCAGUAACUAGAUAGGUCAGGAAUGAGAUACCCCAAAACAAAACUUGACUAGUGGCCCAUUCAUUUAAUCACUCAGGUUUUUUUUCACCUCGUGGUAAGUUCAAAUUAUGACAUAUUGUAGCUCUAUUAUUUAAAAAAAACUAACUUGCUCUUGCAACUGCGCAGUUAGAUGUGUAACUACCUGAUUUCUAGGUGGUCAGUACGGUCCUUGCGCAUGGAUAUCCAUGUGGACAAUAUUGGAGCUGUGACUCCAUCUUUAGGCUUGUAACUUACUAUUCUUUUUAUUACCCCAUGUCCUCAACCCCCACCUCAGCCCACUUGUUCUGUCCCUUAGAGUGUUAGCUCUUUGGGGCUGGGACUGUGAUUUACUUUGGAUUUGUACAAUGCCUCGCACAAUUGGGCCUCAACCUUGUUGGCUUCUAGGCACUCCUACAAUAUGAACGUUAAUGCUAAUUAAUAAUUAAUUAAUUAAUAAUGUUAAUGUUUGUAAAUUGAGUUGGAGCCUGAAAAAUGCAAUUUCUGUACCAGUGCUGACUCCAGAGUCCCUGUAUCUCAAAUAAGUUUAUGGCAGCGUCGACUGUUCGAUUACACAUACCACCCUGAGGAGGUGUGGCAUUCCUUGAUGCAUUUAUCCCCCACAUGAAUUAAACCAUAGAACACAACUUUAUUUUCUACGUCAUCUGUCACAUACUCUCAGUAUCAGAAUGCUUCACAGAGUUAAAUAACACUGUUACAGAGAGAAAUAAAAGCAGAUGGAGAGAGAAAUGAAGAGGCAUAGAUAGGAGCAAAUGGCUAUGAGCAAGAGGCAGUGAGACUGAGAUAUAGGAAAGCUCCUCCAGAUGGCAGGAGCUGCAGAGGAGAAGGUCUUUGGAUGCUAAUUCAUGUCAAGUUUUUACAGUAUAAAACAGUUUUUACAGUAGCUUAAAAUGCGAGGGAUUAUAGUUACCUGCAUCUGGCUCAGUAGAGCCACAGGCUGCAGCUGUGUUUCCCCUUUCCUGGUAAUUAAUUUUAUCUCUCUUAAUUACUUGUUCCUUCUUCGCAUCAGUUCAUCUCUUCCUCUUUCAUGGCACUUCCUCUUUCCUUCUAUUUUAUGUCAUCAUAUCUCAACUCUGUCUCAUUUUGAAUCUUAUCUUUCCACACACCUCGCAGGGUCUGUUGGUGCAGGCAAGAUCAAACCUGGGACCUCUAGAGCUAAAUGCAGGAGCCUCUAUGGCAUGAGCUAAAAGGCAUAGGGCCCUUAGCUAAGGUUGUAGAGCAGACUCAUUAAUCUCUAAGUGGUCUUCACGCCACUAGAGGGGACAGAACGCCACACCCAGGAGGUGUGUGGGUUACAUUUAUUUCCCCCUUCUCCCCUCCUUUUGUCUUCUCCUCCUCCCCUCUGUCUCUCUUCUGUCUUUCCCUAUUUGUCAAUAUCCUUCUUUUCCUCCCGGACAAUCAUGGUCAAAGGAGACAAUCCACUCCUCCUCCCCAAAGCCAGGCUGUGGGCUUGCACAAGAAUGCCUUCCUUGCCUGCCUGGAUCAAGAACUAAGGCAGUCAUUCUUCUGCUUCUCUGUGCUCUUCAGAGCUGGGACUGAGGGCUGCUGUCACUUCCAUACUUACAACCUGUGGCUCUACUGAGCCAGAUGCAGGUAACUACCUGUAAUCACUUGCAUAUUAAGCUACUGUAAAAACUUGACAUGAAUUAGCAUCCAAAGACCUUCUCCCCUUCCAUUGUGCUCCAUUGGUAGCUGAGCACAUUCAAGCAAUAGCUGCCUGAAAGGACAGACUUCCUGCAUGGAUAGCUGCUAAAAGCAACACUGAGCCCCACCAGUUAACUGAGUAAAGCCUCAAGCUCCCUGUCACAUGGAAACUGAUCUCCUUCCAGGUCAGAUAGGCCAAAAUAAGCACAUUUGGGUGAAUAAAGUCAGACAAAUAAGCAGCCGGAUUGCAUGAGUCAGAAAGAACCCAGCUUGACUCUCAGAAUUCAGGGAGCGCUUCCAGGGCUCUGGCGACUGGAAAAAUGUUUAGGUAUAAAAACAGCAGAUUUGGAGUCACUGUGAGACAAUAAACCAGUGCCGUGUUAGUCCCUUUUUCACAGCAAAACUCCAUCUAGACCCACUGAAAUCCAUUUAGACCCACUGAAAUCACUGCUUUCUGGGUCCUCAAGUAUUAUUGCAUCUACUCCCUCCUGCCAUGUUUUGUUAACAUUACACGUAACCACACUGCUUAGUUUAGGCUGUUUCACUUAUGCUACAUUGUGAGGUGUGUGUGUAUGCAGCACCCACGUACUUCAUCAUUUGUUGGGAAGGACGCUUAUAAAUAUAUAUGUAUAUAUUUUUGAUGCAGACCUUCAGAAUGGCUUCUGUGUGUAAGUAAAAAUUCAUGUACAUUUAUUGAACUCAAGGCUCUUGGCUACAUGUGCAACAUUUAAAACAUAGGCACUGAAAUUAUCCAUGCCCUGUGUACACUGAAAUGCAAGUCUUCUGUGAAAAUGGUCUCUCUAAAAAUGCUCAGAGUCUGAACUGUGUUCUAACAUGGCGGGGGUGGGUGGGGGGAAGGAAAAUGUCUGUAAACCAUUUUGGGAGUGGUUGUUUAACACCAGAUCAAAGAAGUUUUGUUAUGAUGUGUAUUUAAACAAAAACUUCCAAAUGCCUUGAGUGCACAUCACAAAAGACAGUCUCUUAUUGUUUAAAAAACAUCAGCCUUCCUUGUUUCAUCCCACGUAUUUAAUGUGUAUCUUUGUGUAGGCAGCCACACAGAAACUGAAGGUGCAGGGGUUGUUCAAAGCUUCACAGUACUGUAGUAUGAUUACUUCCCGCACCAAAGAAGACAAAAUACAGUGGCAGCAAAGCACCACCUGGUGGUGGUGCCUUAUGAAUUUCUAGCAAAAAAAGCCUUUCUAAAGUUGAUCAGAAGGCCUGUACUACUGAUGAAUAGCUUGGCAGUGCAGUGAUUGCUCACUGGGACAAUCUCACUAGGAUUUUAAAUCAUCACCUUGAUCUCGAAUAUCACUGAUUCCCAAUCUCUUUCCUAGCAACACAACUCCGUGCCUGUGGUAAUUAAUGAGAAAUGGGGUACCUGUUUGAACAAUGUGGCAAGACUGAAAAAAUACAGAAUUUGGCUCCAGAGCUAUCAAUCCAGCAUCAUUCACAGUUACUAAAAUGUAAAAAGGAAAAGUGCAAUCAUUACUGUAAACUCUAGUUUACAGAGAGUGCUGGAAAAUAUGCUCAGUAAUAUUAUUAGCCCAUUGGGUAGCAACAAGCUGCCAGACAGUUAAUCAAACAGUCCAUGUGGGUGGGAAAGGUAAAUGCAAUAUCUAUUGGCUAGGAUACAAUGGAUUAUCUUGGCGGACAUGUAUAGUCUUGGAGGCAGUUUCUCUGCAGUUCCCAGGGUUUCAUUCAGACUUUUGUCAGUUUCUGUCAGUACAGACCCCGAGUUUCAUUUUUUUCAGGCUUGAACAAACCCCCCAAACUUGGCCAAAGUUUUGCCUGGAUGUGGGUUGAAACCAUAGAGUUCCGCAUGGUUUAUAGCCAACAGCUUAAAUAAGGGUCAUUUCUUGCAAAAAUCUUCCUGGGCUUUCUUGAAACUGUUUCUGAACAGUAGAGAGCCUUUAGAAACACAGCUUGCAAUGCACAGCACUCCAGGCAGCCAGACGGUGUUCCAGGCUGUUUAAUACAAGCACCUGGUGAUUUUCAAAUUGACAUUAAAUGAGAAAUCGAUUAAUAUCAGUUGAUAUUAAAGUAACACAGUUGUACUUAAUUGAUGCAAAAAGUUUUGGUCAGUGUGAGAAAAAAAAAUCUCCACAAGGACAGAUUUUCCACAAAGUGAGAUGUUUAUUACACUCACCUCUGGGCAACAAAAUAAAUUUGAAUUUUCUACCAUGAUUCUCAUUAAGAAAUAACCAUUACGAAUGUCAUGUAAAUUUGGUGCUUUGUGUUCUUUGGAGUCACAUUUAUCAGCGUGUGCGUUUUGUUUUGUUUUUUUCAAGCAAACACAGGAAACCAGAUUGGAUAUUGUUCCUUGGAGGAUCACUUGUAACUAAUGUAGAAUGUGAGGCAGACAGUACAGAAGAAAUCAGUCUUAUUUAAACUUCAUUGUGGAAGCUGCUACACUUGAAAGAAUGUUUUAUAAGUAAGACACGUAAUUGUUCAGCAGCUCUUUCGUGCCCUCUGCAGUUAAGUCUAUUUCUUGUGUAUGUGCAGUCAAAUUAAGAUCUGUUGUUUUUCCUGCUAAUGCAAUUUACCUCAGGUAAAUACCAGUACAUCAGGGGGGUAAUGCUGUUGUGGCUUCUGUUACUCACACCCGCCACUGACAAGCAAAUGCUACAGAGUAGAAUAAGGUUGUACUGUACAUAGUCUAAUUCACAGAAGUAGUUCAGAGCACUGAAAUACAAGCACAUUAUUGCAUGUACUGUUUGAUGGCAUGACUAACUUCACAAGUUUGCAUGUCACUGCACACGCAAUUAUCUGUGCACUGGUUAACAUACACCUGCAGUAUUCAAAGCUAAAUGAAAAUUGCAGAUCUUGAAUAUAGAUGACUGUCCAAACUGCUUUGAAAUAAGUAGGGCUAUGGGUAGAGCUGCUAUUAUAAAUUUCAUUUUACUAACUAUCAGUUUUAAAAAUGUGUGCCAGAUUCAAUUAUUGCUGCUCUCAUUCACGCAAAUAAAAGUAUCAUUAAAUUAAUAAUCUAAAUUACUAUAAAUUGCUUGUGUAUGAAUUAAGAGGAAGUUCUUUAAUCAUUAAUUUUAGCAGCUAAGCAAGGCUAAAGAUUAAAAAUAAGAAUGGUCCCUUGGAAGUAGAAUAAUAAAUGACACUAAUGGGAAUAUGAAAAUGAUUUCAGGCCCUGAUCCAGCAAAGAUUUAAGCGUAUAUCUCAAUAAAAGCAUGGGAGCAGUCCCUCUUGACUAUUUGUUUGCUUUGCUGGAUUAGACCACAGACUGUAAAAUCUUGGAAAUAGAUUUUUCAGUAUGUUUGUACAGUGCCAGAGAUGGUAGCAGCAUGCAGGUCAGGCCAGGGAGAGGGUUCCAAGCAUUGGGACCACAUAGUAGAAGGAGAGGGUCUCAAGUGUAAGGCACUGGAUUGUGAUUCAGGAGACAGGGGUUUAAAUCUUGACUCUGUUACAGACUUCCUAUGUAACUGUCACAGGAUACUUAGUCUUUGCCUCAGUUUCCCAUCUGUACAAUGGAAAUAAUAAAACUUUCUUUCUCAUGCCCCUUGCCAAUUUUGUCUGGCAUGCUCUUUGGGGCAGGCAUGGUUUCUUACUAUUGUGUGUGUUCAGUGCCUAUUUCAGGGGUCGACAACCUUCAGCACGUGGUCCAUAAGGGUAAUCCGCUGUUGGGCCAUGAGACAUUUUGUUUACGUUGACUGUCUGCAGGCACGGCUCACCGCAGCUCCCAGUGGCCGCGGUUUGCAGCUCCUACUGGCCGGGGAAGGCAAACUGCAACCACUGGGAGCUGCGGGGGGCUGUGCCUGUGGACGGUCAAUGUAAACUAUAUGUCUUGCAGCCCACUAGCAGAUUACCCUGAUGGGCCGCAUGCCAAAGGUUGCCGACCCCUGGCCUAUUGUAAUGAGGGCACAAACUCUGUUGGGGACUCCAGGUGCUACAUUAUUACAAAUAAUUUUAAGAUAAAUAAAAAUUGAUGAAUAGUUAUUAAUUGUUUUGCAGUGUGGUAGCAGUAGAGGCCCCAAACAAAUCAGGGCUCCAUUGUGCCAGGCACUGUACAAACACAGAGUAAGAGAUUGUCUCUGCCCCAAAGAGCUUACAAUCUAAAUAGACAUGAGAGGCACAGGGGGGAGGUGGAAACAGAACCAUAGAGAAAGGCAAUGACUUGACCAGAAUCACACAGCAAGUCAGUGACAGCACUGUGACCAGAACCUAGGUCUCCCACUCAAAGUCUAGCACCACAGCUACUAGCCUACACUGUCUCCUUCUGUAUGAAUAUUGGUUUGGUUUGUCUGCAGGAGUCAACAAGGUGCAAUUUCUCUGUGAUGAGGUGAGGAAGCAUGGUCCAGUAUUUAAAGCACAGGACUGUGAACCAGGCGUCCUGGGCUCUCCUCCCAGCUCUGCUAAAGAUCAAUUCUGUGACUCUUGGUAAGGUAGGGCUUCAAUUUGGGCUUGAAUAGGUACUGGGAGUGGCUGGCUCAUUACAAAAGCAGCUUUGGAAUUGACACCUCCUCAUCUAUUAUUGGGAGUGGACUACAUCCACCCUGAUCAAAUUGGCCCUGUCAACAUUGGUUCUCCACUGUUCUCCACUCCCUUCCCUUCAUGUGUCAUUAUAUAAUGCCUGCAUCUGUAAUUUUCACUCCAUGCAUCUGAAGAAGUGGGGUUUUACCCAUGAAAGCUUAUGCCCUAAUAAAUGUAUUAGUCUUUAAGGUGCCACCAGACUCCCUGUUGUUUCUUUGGCAAGGUAGGGUUGUCUACACUGUGCCACAAUGUGCACCAGAGGGGUGUAAAUUGUAAAGUGCUCGAACUGCCUUGUGUAAACCCUGCUGCCACACUCUAAAAGGUUCCUUGGGCAUGUUAACAUAGUACUGUUUCAAAUGAGACUAUAUCAAUGCUCAGUAGAUACCUUUAGUAUUAUUUACAACAUACCUCGGUACAGAAAACAAUUCAAUAGUAUAUUGGAAACUCCUUGAAUUCCUAGCUGAAUCCUUUCUGGUAUUGAUUUUGCUUUUCAGUGACUGUAGAGAAGUAGAUGAUAUGACUUAUAUAUCUGGAUUAUUAGCAGUGCUUGUAAAUUGUUUUUUUUUGUCAACAUAUUAAAAUUAUCCAAUGGUGUCUUUUA